CGGUGUUGAGGCGGGGCUGGGAGACGGAUCUCCGUUCCUUCUCGGCUCUCUGGAGCAGGGGCUGGAGGAAGCACGCUGGUCGUUUGCACGAAGCGCUCCGCUGCCGGGUCUGACUCGCAGCCGCGUCCCUCUCUCUGCGCGGCUCUUUCUUUGCAACUAUGUCUUCAGCCUCGACUCCUUUCGUUAACCCUUUCCCCAGACCUCGCUGCCUCGCCGCCGCCGCUCCAGCCGGCAAAGCGAAACUGACCCAUCCGGGCAAAGCGAUCCUGGCAGGUGGCAUUGCUGGCGGCAUUGAGAUCUGCAUUACAUUCCCCACAGAGUAUGUGAAAACUCAGCUCCAGUUGGAUGAGAAAGCGAACCCGCCACGCUACAAAGGCAUUGCGGACUGUGUGUCACAGACUGUCAAAGGCCAUGGUAUCAGAGGACUUUACCGAGGUCUCAGCUCGUUGGUCUAUGGCUCCAUACCGAAGGCCGCCGUGAGGUUUGGCAUGUUUGAAUUCCUCAGCAACCAAAUGAGAGAUUCACAAGGGAAGCUGGAUAGCACACGUGGCCUCCUUGCCGGCCUGGGGGCUGGUGUGGCUGAAGCAGUGGUGGUCGUGUGCCCCAUGGAAACUGUUAAGGUGAAGUUUAUCCAUGACCAAUGCUCACCAAAGCCAAAGUAUCGAGGUUUCUUCCAUGGAGUGAGAGAGAUAGUUCGGGAACAAGGCUUGAAGGGAACAUACCAAGGCUUAACAGCCACUGUCCUAAAACAGGGAUCAAACCAGGCUAUCCGCUUUUAUGUAAUGACGGCACUCAGGAAUUGGUACAAAGGUGAUGAUCCCAACAAAGUGUUGAACCCUCUGGUCACUGGGGCAUUCGGGGCUCUUGCCGGAGCUGCCAGUGUGUUCGGCAACACCCCGUUGGAUGUCGUGAAGACCAGGAUGCAGGGUCUUGAAGCGCACAAAUACAAGAGCACUUGGGACUGUGCCUACCAGAUCAUGAAAUAUGAAGGACCCUUAGCGUUUUACAAGGGCACUGUCCCCCGUCUGGGCCGGGUGUGCUUAGAUGUGGCCAUCGUGUUCAUCAUCUACGACGAAGUGGUCAAAGCACUCAACAAGGUGUGGAAAACUGACUGAAACGGACACGGUGGGAACCAGUGGUGCUGUCUCCGCACCUGCCAGGCAACAGCUGGGAGAAAAAAAAGAUGUGACCAACCUCCAAGGGCAUUGUAGGGGCGUCUCUGUGUGAGUGCGCCUGGAAUGCAUCUGAGCUUCCUUCCUAUGCUGCGAACAGGACACUAAUCCAGUCCCCAAACAGCUGCUUCCAUAUCAAGCUUUCUGACUCUUAUUUAUCAGAAGGAACUUUGGAGAAUUUUAAAUUAUUGAUUGUGGGGUGAUGUGACAAUAGAAAAUGGGGUGGGAAGGGAGAUGGAAUGGCGGGGGGGGGGAAGCAAGCCUAGCUACUGUCUGCAACCAAGACCAUCUCUGCAAUCUGGGGUAGUGGGGAGAGGAUUUGUCUUGGUGCCCAUGAGAAAGGGAGAAAAGAAACAUUCCUCCUCCUCCUCCUCACCCCCACAUGCUAGAGGUGCAGUUCAAGCCAAGUUGCCUUUUACAAAAAUGUACUAAUUUAGGGUGUGGGUUUGGGUUUUCUUUGCCCGUGUUGUGGUUCUGUGCCUUUCCCAUUGAAGGGCACCAUAAAGAUCCAGUGUUGGAGCUAUAGCUGGGGAGAACCCUACAGAAAUAGCAUGGGGACUCUCAGCUAUUCCAGUCCUAUAAUUUGCCAGCAGUGGGUCUUUAGGGAUUGCCGUUGACUAGCUUACUAAGGGAGCCAUCCCAGUGAAGCCCUAAGGGCUGGGGGGGGGGAAUUGAAUGCCUUGUUCCAUCACCCAUAGUUUUGAACUUUGCACAUAUCAGGAACUGUGGGUGUGGGCAGAGAGAAUGCCUGGAGACUUUUGACAGAACAGAAAUGUAAUUCAUUCCAUAAGUCCUCCUCCCAACAGCUUCUCUCAGCAGCUGAUCCUUCGUGACCCUCAGUCAGAAGUGGGCAUCUUAGGCCCAAGCUAGAUAUGACGACGGGAGAUCAGGUGGAGGUUCUCCUUAGGUUUUCACGAGUAGGCUAAAGUAGGGGCUGGGGGAAGGAGUGGCUUCCCUUCGUGCUGUUUUCACAAUCUUUAAUUCCCACCCCCUCCCCACCGGCUGUUUGGUCCCGGAGGGAUCUUGCGGAGGCGUUCCAUGGCAUAUAUUUGUGCUUCCCAUGGGGUGGAGAGCAGAUGAGGCUGAGCAGAUGUGGUAUGUAAACGGAUGGAGAGGAAAGGCCUAGUCACCUUUCUGCCAUGCCAGAGCCUCAAUCGGACCCCAACCCCACUCAGUCGUUUACAGAGGUGUAAUUUUUUUUUAAGAGUAAGAGAUAAGAGACCUAAUACUAGAUCUCCCAUUUUGACAUUUAGCUUGGCCUUUUAAGUUUCAGGCGUCUGACCUGUGUGUGUGCUUGCUGGCUCAAGAACACACGGAGACGUUCUGCGUAGAGGCCCCUAUUCUGGGCAUAGGCGGUGGGGAGGCAGUUGUCUGCCACUGGCAUCCUUUUAACCCGUCAGGUCACAUCUGAUUCUUAGGGACGCCUCUCAUCUUAAAGCUGACAUCUUUUUGUUGUUUAGUGUCCAGUGACAGAUUGACAGGGCGCCCCUCUUCCGUGGCCCUUUUAAAAAUUUCCCUCCCUUAUUUCUGAGGCAAGUUAAAUCCCUGCCCACAGUGAGCUCAGUCCAUAAUUAGCUUGUUUACAGUGAGAGUUGAGGCAAGGCUGAAUGGAAAGACGGAGCAGCUGGCAAUGUGGUUUUUACCCCUUAGAAUCAGCUUCAUGAUACACUGGGCAGCCAAGUCCUCCCCAGUGAAAUGAUUUCUUCUUUUUAAAUGGUGUGUUGCUGUCUUAUUGGAUUCCUUUGUUUUGAGGGUCAUAACAAGUCCCCUGAGAACAAGUUUGGGCAAACACGAUGCCCACACCCCACUCUCUGUCCAGGUGCCAAGGGAUAUUGCAAUGAUUCCAUGACCAAUUUGUGCCAAAUCUUUUAUGUCCAUGUCUGGUAUAUUUGUGGUGGUGGUGGUUUCCCUCCCUUGUGUUGUUAUGCACUGUAAUUAAGUGCAGCCUGUUGUAGGAGGAAGACAGAACGGGGGGGAAAUCUGCUCUUUUGCCACAAUUGAGAUAGAAUCACAAAAUGAAUAAAAAUGAUAUGAUGAACUUCUGAAAGUGUUGGACUUUAAACCAGGAUAUGAAACACUUGAAGAUUUCAGCUUUGGUGUGUAUCCAACCACAUGUGCAUAUUGGCUAUAAACAGUCUUAUUUCCUGGAAUAUUUCACAGAAAUCAGGCCGUUUGGCUCCGUCCCUGUAAUCUCUUACACCCACUUGGCUUAUUGUAGGGUGGUCUUCCUGCCAUAGGUAGGUAUUUGCAGUUGCACAGUACCCUACCACCUUUCCAGUUUUGAUAAUGUGGCAAGCUGUGGCAGAUGGUUAGGUUUUGCUGCUCAUGUUUUACCAGCCAGGGAUUUAUUUGUCUUUCACUGCACUGGCAGACCAACAGUACAACAGUACAAUGGCUCUCCUGGGAUUUCUAGUCUUUUCCAAAAUCGAGCUGUCCGAUGAAGAUGCCGCUAAUAAAACCAAAGU